AUGCGUGGUGGGAUAUGCUCGUCUCUUCUGGUCGCCAGUAAUAUGAUGAAUGAACGCGAAUUAUAUCAACGUCGUGUCUAUCAUUACUUGAUGGAACUACGAGGUUUGAUGAGUCGUUGCCCAAUUGACGUGCAAACCGGUGUAUCGGAGGAAGUUCUCACUGAGGUCGCACAUCUACUGGCCGACGGUUCCAUUUUCGAUCUGGUCUCGGAAUUAGCUGAGGCUCAACGCUCGGAGGAACAAGUCCUCUAUAAACAAAUGAUGGACUUACGUUCGGACCAAUCCGGUUCGUCCUUUAUGAUUUUGCUCACACUCCGUUCCAAUUUGAUUGAGUACUUCAUUGAAUUUGUCCUCGUCAUCUGUUGCUGUGCUCGUAGUCACCAAAGGUUUCUUGACUGA